GCAAAAGAGUGCAACAAGCCAGCAACAACAAAUACCUCCGCACCUCUUCUUUCUGCUCUCACUCUGUGCCAGUUCUCUUCUUUCUUUAAUAGGGGGAGUAAACCUGCCGCAACUCUCUCUCUCUCUCUAACUCUGAAAUAGAUGAAGCAGACACCAGAGAGAUGUUAAAGUCCACCCUCCACCGCAUCUGAAUCAACUUCCUCACCUUCUCUAUCUUCUUUGCCUAAGAUUGGAACUUUUUUGUUUCUCUCUCCGGCAUUUUUUCCCUCUCAGUCUCUCUUUCUUCCUCAAGACUCAGGUUAGAGUCACAUUCUUUUAGUCAAACCUUAGCUGUGAAAAAGGAGAGGGAUACAUACAUAUACAACAAAGCAAGCUCUGUUUUUUCAGAGUUACUUGUAGAGUUAAUUUACAUCUCAGAUCUACAAACUCACAAUCUCAUACCCCAUUACUUCUCUCUGUACUUUUCUGUUGCUCCAUUAAAAUAUCAAAGAUGAGUAAAGAAGAGUUCUUGAAGAUCCAGACUUGUGUGCUAAAAGUUAAUAUACACUGUGAUGGCUGCAAACAUAAAGUAAAGAAGAUCUUGCAGAAGAUUGACGGUAUGGAUAUAUACUUCUUAAAUACACUGUGAUGGCUGCAAACAUAAAGUUAAUAUACACAUUAUUCAAUAUUCAACUCUUGAAAUUUUACAUCUAUAUCCUUUCAAUUGGAUUAUAUUCCAUAAAUAGUAAAUUUAAGCAGAAGUCAUCUUUUUUAAUUGUCAAGAAGAAAAGAACCUUGCUUGCAGUCCGAAUCUGGUUUCAUUUACUGUGAAUUUGACUUCUGUAUAUCCCCAUUUUGGGUUGGGAAUUUAUUCGUGGUGUAACAGGAGUUUAUAAGCUAAGCGUUGAUUCGGAUUCCGGCAAGGUGACAGUCUCCGGCAAUGUAGACCCGGCGACUCUCAUCAAGAAACUUACCAAACAUGGAAAACAUGCUGAGCUGUGGGGUGCCCCUAAGGGUGGGAAUAAUAAUCAGAACCAAGUUAAUAAUCAGAUGAAGAAUUUGCAGAUUGACAGUGGCAAGAAUGGGAAUAACAAUAAGGGGCAGGGGCAGAAGGGUAAUAAUAACAAUCACCAUCCCCAGCAGGUCCAGCAGCAGCAACAGGGGGGCAAAGCUGGAAAUCCCAUGAUGCCUAAUCCCCAGCAACUCCAACAGCUUCAGCAGUUGAAGGCUUUUCAAGACAUGAAGAUGGCUGGCCAGUUCAAGGAUCUGAAACUUCCCAUGGGUAUGAAUGCGAUGAUGCCGGGCGGCGGUGGAGGCGGCGCUGGCGGUGGAGGAAAUGGUGGUAAGUUGCAGAUGCCGAAUCUGAAGGUCGGGAAGCAAAGCAUGCCUGAAGAGGAUUUCAGUGAUGAGUUUGAUGAUGACGAUUUAGAUGAUGAGUUUGAUGAAGAUGAUGACUUUGAAGAUGAUGAAAUGGAUGAAAUACCCAUGCCCAAUAAGAUGAAGCCUCCGCAGAGUAUGGGUGGGGCUGCCGGCGGUCAGAUGCCUAAUAUGUUGAAGGCCGGCAAUAUUGGAGGUCCCGCCGGUGGGGGAAAUGGUAAGAAGGGUGGUGCCCCACAAAAUAUGCCUGUUCAGGUAAAUGUAGGUGGUGGUAAAAAGGGCGGUGGGGGUGGGGGCGGGGGCGGCAAUCCAAAUCUAGGUCCAGGGUCGGCUCAAAAGGGUGGCGGUGGCGGUAAGAAUGCUGGCGGUAAGCCCCAAGAUGGCAAGAGCAAUGGUGGUGGCGGUGGUCAGAACAAGGCCGGAAACAAUGGUGGCCAUGGUGGAAGUGGGGGCGGAGGAGGUGGCAAUCAGAAUAAUAAUGGUAACGGCAAUGGGGGCAAGAAAGGAGGUGGUGGAAUGAAUGAUGGGCUCCCUGGCAUGCCCAACGUGAUGUCAAUGAAUGCUGGUGGCCAAGGUGUGGGCCCAAGAGGGAGUAUCCCAAUGAGUCAAAUGGCUCAACAAAUGGGCCAGCAAAUGGGCCAGCAAAUGAGUAAUCAUCACCCAAUGGGCCAAAUGGGUCAUCAACUCUCUGCAGUCCAAGGCCUGCCAGCACCACCCAUGGGCGGCGCAGCGGGAGGCGGUGGCUACUUCCAAGGUGGCGUCGGACCGGAGAUGCCAGCAGCCGGUAACCCCUAUCAACAGCAGCAAUUAGCAGCGAUGAUGAUGAACCAGCAGCGGGCCAACGGUAACGAGAGGUUCCAGCACAUGACAUAUGCCCGGCCACCGCCAGCUGUCAACUAUAUGCCUCCUUAUCCUUACUACCCUUACCCCCCUCCCCCAAAUGACAACUAUAGCACCGUCUUUAGUGAUGAGAACACCUCAAGUUGCAGCUUAAUGUGAGUUGCGGCAGUCUCGGGGUAGCCGUUGCCAGAAUCCGUCCACAUGUGGCGAUUCCGUUGGCGGCGUUGGAGUGGGGCACUCCACUCCAAUAUUAUUAAUAGCUAAGCUAGUUCUUAAUGCCGUUAUAUCAUCUUUAUUAUUAUACAAGAAAAAUGAAUUUUCUGUUUGCUGCUUUUCUAGUCCAUUUUUGUUUUGGUUUCUUCUGAAGUUGAUUAUCACUCUUCAAUUC